ACCAUGGCUACGGCAGCUACAUGAAGCAUGCCUUUCCAGAAGACGAACUGCGCCCACUGACCUGCGGCCCACUCACACGAGACCGCAAGAACCCUGCCCACAUCGAGGUCAACGACGUGCUGGGCAACUAUUCGUUGACGCUCAUUGACAGCCUAUCCACGCUCGCUAUCCUGGCAUCGACUCCUCCGCCUACGCAAAAUGGUACAAACAGACCUCUAGUAGAGUUCCAGCAGGGCAUUGAGCUCUUGAUUGAAAACUACGGAGACGGAAGUCCGGGGCCAAGUGGCCAGGGUGUCAGAUCCAGGGGCUUCGAUCUCGACAGUAAAGUGCAGGUCUUUGAGACUGUCAUUCGCGGAGUGGGCGGUCUGCUGAGCGCACACCAAUUCGCAGUCGGAGACUUGCCCAUCCGCGGAUACGACGCCACGUGGGAGAAGAGAAAUGGCAGGGAGGGGAUAUUCUGGCCGACGGGAUUCGUAUACGACGGGCAAUUACUACGGCUGGCUACAGACCUCGCAGAACGACUCCUACCAGCUUUCAACACACCCACCGGUCUCCCAUACCCCCGCGUCAACCUGCGCCAUGGAGUUCCUUUCUAUGCCAAAUCCCCACAUAACAUGGAUGCUGAAAAUGGCCAAUGCGGUAGAGACCCCAACGAUAAAGGCACCGAAAUCACCGAGACGUGCAGCGCUGGAGCGGGAAGUCUUGUUCUUGAAUUUACAGUCCUCAGCCGCCUGACUGGCAAUCCUCAGUACGAGAAACUAGCCAAGAAAGCUUUCUGGGCGGUUUGGCAGCGCAGAAGCAGCAUUGGACUGAUUGGCGCUGGCAUUGAUGCUGAGACUGGGCAGUGGGUGAACUCUUACACGGGCAUCGGGGCAGGCAUCGACAGUUUUUUUGAAUACGCCCUCAAGUCGCACAUACUGCUCUCUGGCCUACCCUAUGACGAAGCCGAUGCUGCUACGGAUUCCCCCGACGCCUUUCUUAAUGCCUGGCUAGAUGCGCAUGAAGGCAUCAAACGACAAAUCUAUCGCGGGGCGCAGCACCAGCAUCCCCACUACGCCCAAGUCGAUCUAUAUACUGGAGCCAUCCGGGCAUUUUGGAUUGAUAGCCUCAGCGCAUUUUACCAAGGGUUGCUGACGAUGGCUGGAGAGCUCGACGAGGCUAUCGAGACACACCUACUCUACACUGCUCUAUGGACGCGCUAUUCUGCGAUGCCGGAACGAUGGUCCACUGCAACGGGCGGCAUCGAGCAUGGUCUGCGCUGGUGGGGCGGGCGGCCAGAGUGGAUAGAAUCCACAUGGUACCUUUACCAAGCCACCAAAGAUCCUUGGUAUCUGCACGUCGGAGAGAUGGCGCUUCGUGACAUUAAGAGGCGUUGCUGGACUAGAUGCGGAUGGGCGGGCCUGCAGGACGUACGCACGGGUGAGCUCAACGACCGUAUGGAAAGCUUCUUCCUAGGCGAGACUGUCAAAUAUCUCUUCCUGCUCUUUGACCCGUCGCAUCCCCUCAACACAUGGGAUGCACCUUUUGUCUUCACCACAGAGGGACAUCCUCUCAUUAUACCCAGGCGUGUAAGACCAAAGAGGUCAAAGUCACCGGAGCCCUCGUCUGGCGAGCAAGCCCUCGAGACAUGCCCCCUCCCGCCGGCACAUUUGCCAUUCAGCAUUUCCGCCACUGCCGCCCGUCUUGAUGUAUAUCAUGCCGCGAGCCUUGCAAAGCUGCAUCUGAUGCCAACCAUAGACACACUGGAAUCUCCACUGGUAGAGUUUAGCGCUGACCAUCCCAGCAUCUCGUUGUCGGACGUACAAUCACCUUCUAACUACACAUAUUAUCCUUGGACUUUACCUCCAGAGCUUGUUCCACACAAUGCCACGAGCUCAUCCAUGGCGGUUCGGGCGACUUUCGACCUGUCGUUCCCCAAUAUGCAGAGUGCAUCACUAGUCAACGCACUCCAGAGGGUGCAAGAAGGCAUUCUCGUCAACUCGAUCAGUGGACUGCGAUUUGGCCUGGUGCGUGAGCAGGACCAAGUACCUCGCAUCCAAAGUCAGGCCGUGAUGGACGACCAGUUUCGCAUCUAUGCCAUAUCGAACAUUGCCCUGGGACGCGAUGAAAAAGUAUUCAUGACGCGUUCUACUAUGGAAAACUUCAACCCCCUCGAUCCGUACUUUACCAGGACACGGGACGCUCAGGUGCUGGAUCUGCUCAUUGAUGUUCCGCCACGGAAAGCUUCGGCCGCUUCGAGCUCGCUGGCUGACCUUGUCAGUGAAGCACUGGACGGGAAUCUGUCUGAUAUGGAAAUUGCAAAUGGCAUUGAGCUGGGUGUUGAUGCUGAAACGCUUGAAAACGAGCCAUCGUAUCUUUUGAACCUGCUCUCAUCCCUCCAAGCUCUGUUGUCUGCACCUCUGCCUACUUCCACCUCGACGGCAUCGUUGCCUAAGGACAAGGACCGCCAGCGUACGGUACGGCAUUCUCUUCCGGGAGCACUCCCAGUUGGCCUUGGUGCUGUACCCAUGCCCGACACAGAGGAUCCAGGGACGACGUACAACCCCGACGAGCCACUGAUGUGGUCCAAGAUCUACGUGCACCCUACGACACUCUGCAACGAGCGCCUUCCUGUGGAGGUUGCGAAGCAGCACCAAGUAGUCGUUAUUCCGCGCGGGGAUUGUUCCUUCUCCGACAAGCUUCACAACAUCCCCGCAUUUCCACCGGACGCUGCAUCACUCCAGCUCAUCAUCAUAGUUAGCUUUCCCGAUCACGAGGACGAGGAUGCCAAUCCUGCAGCGCCACCGGUUCAGCCCGCGUUGGAUGAGGUACAGCAUACGCCGAGUGGUGUACUACGACGCAAUCCCAUACCACUAGUCAUGGUGGGCGGCGGGCACGCAACGGUAGACAUGUUGAAGAGAGCAAGCGGAGUAGGGGUGCGAAGGCGAUAUUUCUUCCGUAGCCAGGGGGUGAAGAUUGGGAAUCUGAUUGUCUUAUAAGGAGCUGGUGGCUGUGGCUAGGCAUGUAGAGGUGAAACGGUGCAAUUCAACACAAGACAUGACUGGCCGAUGAGGGCAAGACAUGA